CUCCAAAAAUAGUAGUGGAGAUUUCUUUGGAUGUUAAAGAAAGAAAAGAAAUAAAAAGAUUAUUUUAGGGCGUCUCAACUCUCAUAUCAACUUCUAGUCCCAGCAAAAUGGCGGGAACAAUAGACGGAAGGGCUUCGGGCACAGUAGAUUUCUCCGGCCAUCGUCGCCCUGCCGUGGAUCUGACCGGCGUUGUACAUCAACUGCCAUGCUGCAUCAAGUACAACGGAUCCUCCAACGUCUCUCACUACUUCAGACCCAAACCUACUGAGGUGGUAUUUGAUGGGCUAAGCAUAGAGGAAGCUCAUUUCAGAGGAAGGAAGCUCAAUGGAACCACGCUUCCCAUACCACAAGGCUAUUCUGGGUUUGUGUUGGGAAAGAAAAAGGCUGAUGAGAAAGGAAGUAUGUCUCAGGAAAACUCAAAUUGCUGGGAGGUGAAGGCAAAGCUCCAAAAGAUAACAUAUUGGAAUCAUGAUACACUUCCCUCACAAAGUGAUGCUUUACUGCGUACCUUUCACUUGUUUGAUGUUGCAAAAGCACUUCAUCGACCUGUGAGCAGUGAAGAUCUGGAAUCGGUAUCAAUUGGUCAUGCACGCCCUUCGAUAACGAGUUGAGUGACAAGUGCCAAAGAUCUUGUUUUGUGUUUGGUCCACUUUAAUUAAGCAAAAUGUUUCUGCUAAUUGUGCUGUUAUUAUUAUGGGUAACAUGUCUUUCUUCAUCAUCUCAUACCAAAUGGGUAUGGAAUCCUUGGGUUGGAAGCUAUUAAUCCUUACUGUGGAGAUGAUUGUGGCUCCGUUUGGUAUACAGAAUUCAAGUCAUGAAAUUAAAAUUGGAGAGUUCAAUUCUAACCAUUGUUUGAUAGCACAAAAUGUGGAUUUGGAAUUGAUAAUACAAAAAAUGAAUAGGAAUUGG